AUGCGCAGGAGUCAAAGCCGGCAGCAUGCUGAUAAAACUUAUAAUGACGACACGACAGCGUGCCACAUGGAAUUUCUUAAACCCAAACAAAAACCCUCCUUAGUAAGAUAUAGUGUGAAAGUGUUCAAUAAGCUAAUAAAAAGUGCUCUAAGUGCUGAGGGAAAAAUAUCCUUAAUUUUCUUGCAAGUUUUUAUGGGAUUAGUUGACUAA